CUAUAAUAAAUGUCCAAGCCUAGGUUCAAUCCCUCUUCAAUACAAGACCGAGCUUAAAAAUGAAUCAAAGCACUUAAAUUUGCCUUCGAAAACUGUUCUCAAAGUCGGCCCCUGCAUCAAGCAAGAAACAAUAAAGUAACAACAAGAAUGUCAUCAAGAAACCAUCACUACUACUCUAACUCCAACAAGGGCCACAAGCUCAUCAUCGUGAUCUUCCUCCUCCUCAUCAUUGCCCUUUACAUCAUUAGACAAAGACUCGCUUCUUCCAAUCUCCAAUGCCAAUGGCAGAGUCCCCAGCCCCUCGAGAAAAUCCCGCCUUCACUAGCCGAUGCACUCGUCCACUACGCCACCAAAAACAGGACCCCCCAACAAACCUUUCAGGAAAUCUCACUCGCCAAAACCGUCCUCCAGGACAGGUCCCCUUGCAACUUCCUUGUCUUUGGGCUUGGAUUUGACAGCUUGCUGUGGAAGUCCCUAAAUCACAACGGCCGAACCGUGUUCCUGGAGGAGAACAAAGACUGGAUCGAGCGCGUGAACGCGAUGAGGCUUUCCCUAGAGAUCUACCAUGUCAAGUAUGACACCCGAGUCGAGGAAGCAGUAGAGUUGUUGCGUGUAGGUAAGACAGACGAAGAGUGCAAGAAGGUGAGGGAUCCGAGGCAUUCGAAAUGCCGAUUGGCACUCAAGAACUUGCCCGAGGAGGAUGUUUACGAGGCGAAUUGGGAUGUGAUCAUGGUGGACGCGCCGAGGAGCUGGACAAAGGAUUUGCCUGGGAGAAUGGGUGUGAUCUACACGGUUGGGCUGAUGGCGAAGAACAGAGAAGCUGGUGCCAAAACUGACAUCUUUGUGCACGAUGCUGAGAGGUGGGUGGACAACAAGUUCUCGAGAGCGUUUCUUUGUGAGGCGUAUAUUAAGGAACAGGUUGGGGUACUGAGGCACUUCGUUGUCCCUAGUCACAAGACUGCUGGUUCCAAUGUAUUGCCCUUUUGCCCAUAGUAUCCCCUGCACCUAAUUACCUCUUCACAUCUUCCCAAGGCAUCCAUCACAAAAGAGCUUCCCCAUACCCUGCAAAUUAAAAGAAGCACAUUACCAUUAUUAUGGGUGUCCUUUAAUUUGUUUGUUCUCUUUACACUUAAGUCUUUGUGUUUCAAUUUAUUUUUUUUUUGAGAAAAUUACUAUUUAUAGAAUUAAAAGUUAGUCUUUUUU